AUGGUGGGUAAAAAAAAUAAUAUUUUGCCGACAAGUCAAUAUGGAUUUCGAAAAGGCCUUGGAACAUAUGAUAACUUAAGUAUUUUCUCUGCUGAUUUACAUUUAUCUAAUGCUAAAAAUAACUAUGUCGUGGCAUUGUUUAGCGAUAUCAAAGGUGCAUACGAUAAUGUUAUUCCUGAAAUUUUAAGCAAAGCCAUGAAUGAUAUAGGACUUCCACAUGAAUUUUCGAGGGCUAUAACUGCUUCAGUUUUUGAGAGAAACGUUUACUUCAAAAUUAAUGAUACGAUCAUAGGACCAAGAAAGAUGUAUAAGGGUCUUCCGCAAGGCGGUAUUUUAAGCCCAAUUUUAUAUGCCUUGUAUGUAAGGGACAUAGAAUAUAUUUGGGAACCUGGUACUAAAAUUUUGCAAUAUGCAGACGAUGUUGUAGUGUACGUGGAGAAACAGAGUCUUCAGGAAGCUAUAGAUACAAUGUCUCGGAACAUUGAACACUUUCAUGUGUGGCUAGCAAAAAAAGGUCUUGAGUUGUCUGAUGACAAGAGUUCGGUAGGUAUUUUCACAAGGCAUAGGGACAAAAAUUUCCCUACAAAGCACGUAUUAACAGUCAUUGGGCAAUCAGAAAACCGCACUUUAGCGCUUCUCGACACGGUAUACCGCCGGCCACCGCGGUUAGGCCACCCGCCUGUCUCGGCGCUCUACGAUUCUAUUCGCAAGCACGUCAUUUCCUUCAAUGAAGCCGAUGCGAAAGAAACAAGCGAUGUUACCACACUUCCAGCGUCAAUUCCGAAUGCUCUCGACAAGGCGGUGCGGCAGUUCUUCGAACGACUCUUCCCGCUGGCAUAUCAUCAUAUCGCACAUUUUGGACUGACUGAUUUCACGGAAGAGUACAAACAGUGCUUAAUGCGUAAUUAUGAUGAGAUUCAACCAUUCAGCGAUGCGUCCAAACGUCUAUCUUCAUCAUUGCGACGAUCUUUGCAAGCCACCCGGCUCCUGCUGCAUGCCUUAGUUGAAGGCAGAAAUAUUCUACAUGAUGUCGAUGAGACUCUGUCAGUAGAACAAGAUAAAGAAUGCCUGAAGGCGAUGACAAAAAUGACUCAUUGCUCUAAAUGCAAUGGUUUGAAAGCAGCCCGCCCUUGUGCCGGUUUUUGCUUGAACGUUUUACGUGGUUGUUUAGCCGCGAGGGUUGAUGGUCUGGAUGCACCAUGGAAUUCUUACUUAGAAGCUUUACAAUCUUUAGCAUCAGCAGCAAGGGCAAGAGAACCUGAAGAAUUGCAUGUGGAACGGGUAUUAGGUGACUUGGAUAACAAAGUAUCUCAAGCUAUUAUGGGAGCCAUGGAAGCAGGUCCUGAGCUUAAAACGAGGGUGCGCAAAGUUUGCGGUCAUUCAAUUGUGCUCGAAGAAGGAACGACUUCUCACACGUCCACUGGCAGUGAAAUUACCACUGUGUCACCACCGCAGAUAUACACGAAGCUGAUGCCUUUGUCCUCACCUGCUCCUCCACCACCACCACCAGACGCAGAACUUCUGCAAAGUCUCGCGGCUGCCCACGAAUCAAGAGCACUCUAUGCAAUAUCAAGUUCCUUAGAUGAAGCUUAUGCAGAAACUAGCGAUGGGUCAAAACAUCACUGUUGGAAUGGUCAAGGAAUUUCCGAAUACACACAUACUGUCGUUGAUGCCAGCGCAACUGCACAAAGGUAUAAUCCUGAAUUUGGCAUUCGACAAGUGCAAGAUGAUCCUCAGUAUUCAAAAAUUGCGCGGCUGGCCGACAGGUUGCGCAGGGUUACAUCCGACGCGAUGUCCGGUUUACGAGAGGAAGGCGCUUUUGGUGCAGGUUCCCUGGCAGGAAAUCCUGGAGAUUUAGCCAUGGCUGACAUGGCACCUGAUGGUUCAGGUUCCGGAAGGGGUGAUUCCGAAUACGAUGAAGUGUUUGAAGAGGGUUCCGGCUCCGGUGACGGAAUCGAUGGAGAAGAAGGUGUGAAAAUUAAUGAAGUGACUCCAGAUCAUACGAAUGAAAUACAAAGAACUGCAGGUGCAUCACACACACUACCUACACUGUGUGUCACGUUAAUUUCGUGGAUUGUAGUCUUCAAUGUCCAUCACUUUCGAUAAUUUGAGACUAACAAAUUGAUGGAAAUUUAAAUCGUCGAACGAAUGUUAAUUAUAGCAGGUUUUUUGUAGAACGGUACCUUUCCAUUGAAAGCUAUAUUUAAUAGUUAUAUAUGAGGGUUCU